AUGUCAGCCCACAUUGACAAAAAUGGCAAAUGCAUCAACGACGCAUUAAUAGCUAUUGCCAAUGGCAACACAAAAUGCAACCUAGUUGGAAGUCGUGGUGGUGCUGGCGGGUACAUAUCCGGGAUCAUUAAAUUAUCCCAUCGCAUCACCGCUUUUGCUACUAUAGGUGGCCAAGGAAUAUACGGAAUCACAAGUACAUUUUCAACAUAUGAUUGCGAUAAGAUGGUUAAAGGCGGUUAUGGCGGCAGGGGCUACGCAUCAAACUUCUUUGAUUCAUAUUCAAACUAUGGAUCAGGGAGUGGAGGUGGUCAAACCGCUGUCAAAUUCCUUUCAAAUGAUCUUUGGCAUCGUGUGAUUGUGGCCGGUGCUGGUGGUGGUUCUGACAAUAUAUAUUCAUAUGGAAACACAGAUGAUGGCUCUGGAGGCUCAGGCGGUGACUUUACUGCACAAGGAUUCUGGGUAGAUGGUGUCCUUAAUUCAGAAAAAAUAGCUAAUUCCACUUUUGGAUUUACAUUUGGAGCUGGUGAGUCAGCUCAACAAAACGGAUCAAAAAAUCCGAAUGGAGUUCAAGAGGCCAGAGGAGCAUCUGAUAAAGUGGGCGCCGGAAGUGGUUGGUUUGGUGGGUUUUCAAGUCAUAAUGGAGAUGGAGGUUCAGGCGGAGGAAGCUCAUGGGCUCUCUCUGCGAACGCAGUAAUCCCACAAGGAAACAUUGAUGCUAAAGGAAGUUUCUUUGAAGAAAAUGAAAGUCAUCCAUACUCAUUCAGUCUUGAUGAUGGAUAUAUCUUCAGUGAUGUCAAGACAUAUCCGGGUAUUUGGAAAGGAAACGGUCGUCUUGUGAUCACAAUCCUCGAUAGCAUCAUCUAUCCUUCUUGUGUCUCCAUCAAUCGAUCACAUUUUUCAUAUUUCCUUUUAUUUAUUUUAUUUUUCGAAACUCACUCAUGA